AGGGCAUCAAUAACAAAUACACAACUUUUGUCAUCACUUUUGUCCUAUGUAGUGGAGGGCCUAAGGCGCGCACAAUCCUGCUGUGAAAAUAUCAGAGUUGGUGGGAAAAAAACGCGGUUUGGUCCCCGCGGAGAUUCGCCCCCAAGAAAUGUACACCACCGAUACCGCUCCUAAAUGGGAAACAGAGUCAAAGGCUUCACAGCGAAGAAGGACGGCAAGCUCGGGCGGUGAAUCGCCAUGGAGAAGAACAAGGAAUCCGAUCAGCAAAAUUUGCCGCUCUCUCUUCUUGUGGAGGAAGUUCGGUGGCUUAAGGAGCAGAAGUGCUCCAUAGAGGAACGGAUUGACAAAUUGGAAAGCAAAAUUGCUAGUAUUCAGCAGCAACAGGCCCAGGAAACUCCGAUUGCACCUCCACCUCUGAGCUCACAAGCGGACGAAAGCAUCACAACGAAAUAUAAACUAGUAAUCAGAAGUGUUGUGAACGAGAUAGUUCAUAUAGGGUGCCCUAUAGGCACCUGGGAGGGGAAUGGCAUAACGGUGGUUGUGGAGGAUUUGCAGGGAAAUCAAAUUGCAGCUGGUCAUCACCUUGCUUCACUGAAAGUUGAGCUAGUUGUCGUGAAAGCAGAGUUCUAUGAAAAUGUCUGGGACUGGACCAAGGAUGAAUUUGAGGCAAGUGUAAUAAAGACAGAUUCUGUAAAGGAGAAAAUUAAAAGUGCCAUAUUUCAACUGAAAGAUGGGAAAGGUGUUCAUGAAAACACCAGAAUUCACAAGAGCUCUAAUAAACAGUAUGUCAAGCUUGGGGUAAAGGUCAUUGAGCAUACUGGAGAAAGAGUUCUGGAAGGAGUAUCAAAUAGUUUCUUUGUGCAGCAUAGGCCAAGAGGCAACAAAAGCAAAGAGGGGUCGUCACCAAGAUCAAGAAGAGAGAACUCCCCAACAAAGGAACGAAGAGGGGGAAAAAGACGAGCAACAAAUAAUGGACUUGUUCCAUUAGAGCUACCUGUAUUUAGCAGGCAACCAUCUCAACAUGUUGGUACUUCUAACGCAGGCACAGACACAGAUACGUCUAUGGGGACGGAUGUUACUGAUGAUGAUGAUACGCCUCACAACUUUGGAGAUAAUUUUUUGCAUGAUGGAGUGCAUAGGGAUCCGGUUUUGGAUAUGGACGAUGUGACUUUUUUAGAGUUUUGGGAUAACUUGUUUGCAAGCGGACAAUUGAGUACUGCCCUUCCAUUGGUGACUCCCAAUGAUGAAGCAAAUCAUCGGUCAGCACAAGGUCAAAUAAUGGGAAAUGGCACAGACGAUCACAAUCAACGUGGUCAUUCACAUGGAAAUGCAUACAUGCCAUGCACGAACUCUCAGGACACUCUACCCGAGAUACAGGUGGAUCCCAGUGCUUACCCACAUCAUUCAUCUGCACAAGGACAAAUGAUGGGUGCAGGAUACUGGACAAUUGGUCGAUAUCCAACGUUGGUGGAUGCGCAAUAUCAUCAAGGCUACUCUUUCCCCAAUGAACAUUGCAAGGCGUUUGCUGCCAAGGAAGAACAUCAAAUUGCAUAUGGACCACUUAACUAUGGUGAAGGACAAGUCUCAUUGGGUUUGAGAAGUUUUGUGCCCAGGCCACGUUUGAACCAUAAAGCCUCUGCUUAUUCCUUGCAUACCAGAAGAAGUUCGCCCGGUCCACUACUGUUACCACUCGAUUCUCUUCAGUUGAAGAUGGGAUGUCUCUCUAUCAAUGAUGAAUUUGCGAUGAUGAUGAUGGUGAUGAUGGUGAUAAGUUCGCAAGCCAUAUGGCAAAAUCCUCCGAAGGAAAUUGUUCUCGUUGAGCAAGAGCCAUCAGUUAAGCAGAAAAGCCAUGCUUUCUGUGGAGAUAACAACAAUGAGGUCACUGAGUCGUACGAUCACUUCGUGAUUGUAGACUUGAAGGCGACUGGCGAGAAGGGCGUGAAUAUCAACCCGCUGGAGAUCAUCGAGUUCUCAUCCAUCCUCGUCGACGCCGUCACCGGCCAACAAGCGUCCACCUUCCACACUUACGUCUGCCCGAUAAUGCACCCUGAACUGAGCGAGUUUUGUAAGGAAUACAACGGCAUUCUGCAGACAAAUGUGGAGGCCGGCGUGAUGCUGUCGGAGGCGCUGCAGAUGCACCAAGCCUGGCUGAAGGAGGCAGAGACAAAGAAUGGAGGUAGCCUUAGCUUUGCCGUCGUGACGUGGGGCGAUUGGGACUGCCGUACCAUACUGAUGCAGGAGUGCUCGUUCAAGCAUGUCACCAUUCCUUACUACUUCUACCAGUGGAUCAACCUCAAGAAACCCUUUGCGGAGAAGUUCGGUGACAACUACUUGUUGGCCCCUGUGCUGGAGGCAGUCCAGGCAGCCGGGCUUAAAUGGAAGGGCUGCCCCAAAGGGGGGCAGAGCCACGCAGACAACAAGGCGCGGCUUCUUGAGUUGCUGAUACGGCAUAGCGCCAAGCUCUACAUCACCGACAACCUGCUGGCGAUGUAACUUAAUUUGUACUGCAGACCCGACGUUCGUUUGUUUCCGUUUCCUUAGUGUCCCUUCUUAACAACCAUGUUUUAAGUCCCAUGCUCUUCUGUGUGUACUCUCUAAUGCACUAGUCUUAGAUUUGGUUACAGAAAGGUUUCGUCCCGUAGAAGGUUCCCCUGCUGUUUCCAGAUCUGUUAAGAGUUUCUUUUCAGUUCCAUCAAGAGUCUGGUUUACUUUCAAACUGUAAUUGGGUUAUUCACAGUCUUCUAGUCAAUCAAUGUAACCUGACUACUUGAGCCACUUGAACAUAUUUAACACAUGCAUAACUGAGCUUCUUCGGCAA